UGGUUGAUGGACAAGAACCUGUAGCUGGUUCAAGUAAUACAACUCCAGAUUUAGAUGCCAAGGAUACAGAAAUAGAAAAGGUAAAAAGAAUGAAUAGAAACCUUCGGAUCAUGCUAAGAAAAGUGAAGGCAUGUCUUCAAGUCUACCGGCAAAUGGGAUCCAGGGCAGCACAAAAUGUAGUUGCGCUUCAAAGUAAAUUGUCAAACGAAAUGUCUAAAUCAGGAGAACAGUUUGAGGAUAGUCAAGAAAAAAAUUGUAGAAAUUGUGAAAAGUGCCAUAAUUCAAUAAAGAAAGAAGCCAUUUCAAUGAAGAAACAUAAUGUGCCUGAAAAUCUCGGACAGUUGUGGGCUCCUUAUGAUGAUGAAAUGAAUAGGCUUCCUGAAGUUAGCAGUGAAAAUGAAAUUUCUCUGGAGGACAAAAAUCUUUCACAAAGUGACUAUAUCUUUAAUGCAGUCAAAGAUUUAAUUUUUCACAUGUUAAAAAUAGUUAGCGAAGAACUAGAUCUAAAAAACAAAAAGAUUGAUUCUUGUUUGCUACAAGUUAAAGGUGAAGAUAAAUUAAAAAAUAACAGUUCAAAAAAAUGUUUACAGAAUUCAGAACACUCAGUUAAAACUUUUGACAGUCAGCCCUCUGUACACAAAAUAAAUGAAUCUUUUCCAGAUAUUUCUGCUGAGAAUCUAAACGUGGAGGUCACUUGUGAAGGGAAUUAUUAUUUGCCUUCAACUGACAGUGAAACAAAAGUGAAAAACAAUAGUUCUAAGAAUGGUUUGCAGAAUGUUAAAGACUCUUUGGUAGAAAUUUUUCACACUGUACUAUCUUCAGCAAAAGUAAAUGAAAUUCCUCCAGAUGUUUGUGGUGAGAAGCAAAAAAUAGAAGUCAGUUCUGAAGAGAAUUCAUGUUUUUCAAAUUAUAAUAUGAGUGCUUUUGUUGACUUAAUUGUAGACAUUAAAAGAAUAGUGUUCAAUAAUGCUAAUUUGGAACUAUCUAUUUCUGAACUUGAAAAUGAUUUUAGAUCCAAGCUUGAUAAGAAAGAAGCAGAUAUUCUUAGUAUUAAAGAACAGUCUGAGAAACUCAGUGCUGAACUAAAACAGCAGUUUUUUCAAAUUGAGAAGGAUUACAAGUCUCAACUUGAUGAGAAAGAUAAGGAAUUGUGUCGCAUCAAAGAACAGUAUGAAAAACUCAAUGGUGAACUGAAACAACAGUUGCAUGAACUUGACAAGGAUUACAAGGCCCAACUUGAUAAGAAAGAUGCUGAUUUGCUUAAUAUUAAAGAACAGUAUAAAAAACUCAAUGUUGAACUGAACCAACAGUUAUUUGCACUUGGUAAGAACUACACAUCUCAACUUGAUAAGAAAGAUGCAGAGUUGCAGAGUUUUAAACAACAGUUUGAUAAACUUGAAAAUGCUAAACUGAAACAACUGUUAUUUGAACUUGAGGAAAAUUACAAGAUCAAGCUUGAUAAGAAAGAUGCAGAGAUGCUUAGUAUUAAAGAAAAGUGUGAAAAUUUUCAGCAGUUAUAUGAGGAUAUGUUGUCCACUGACGAUUCUCUUCUUAAGGGGUAUCAUGAAUUAAAAGGAAAAUUAGUAGAAGCAUUAAAUAAAGCAAAAAUGGCUACUGUUUACCAAGCUCAGAAAGAAAAACUGCAGCACAAGUAUUCGCUUGUGAAAACUUUGCUUGUAAAAAGUGAUAAUGAAAAAGAAGAGCUUUUUAAAAAAUGCCAAGAAAAGUUGAAUAAGUAUCAGCAAAGUGUGAAAAUGCUUCAUACAGCUUUAGAAAAAGAAAAGCAGAAAGGAAUCCAUAUGUCUGUGAUUGUUGAAGGCUUAAAAACUACUGUGGCAUCACUUGAAAGUAAGAAGAAGAUCCUAGAAAUAGAACUACAGAAAUUUAAAAGUGCAAAUAAAAAUCUGGAUUCUCUGACUGAUGCUAAAAAUGUAUUUCAUAAAGACAUAGACAAUACCACUUUAAAUGAGAAUUUUGAUAAAGCUAUAACAUCUAUUGACGAGAAGUUACAAAAGGAUAAAAGUAACAUGAAUACUCUUGGACCAAGUCAAAAGUUAAUAAGUGUGAAAACAAUUGUUCAUGAAAAACAAUAUGCCAAUGAAAGUUCAGUAUCUGGUGCUAUCUUCAAUAAGAGCUUACAUGGGAGUGUUUACCUUUAUGCUGAUGAUGAAGAAGAAUUCUUAAAUCAUAGUAAUAUAGCUGAAAUUCAUAGAAAAACUUGUGAAGAAUCUGGAAUAAUAUCUGAUGUCACUGAUAAGCGAAUGGAAGAAUUGCAGAGACGAAAUACUUUAUGCCCACCGCAUCUACAGUCUGUUUAUCCAGUGGAGCUGCAGGCUGCUACACCAGUAAAAUCAGAAACAUUUUUUGGUGAACUUCAGAAACCUCAGAAGGUAAAAAAUAUUUCUGUGAAAAGAAAGUUGGAUUCAUCUAUACCAUGUGCAGCUGCUGGGCAACAUUUGCUGAAAAAGAAUAAAUUUUCUCACUGGAGUGGCAGAAAUAAAGUGUCAACUCCACUGCAGAAAAUGAAGCAUUCAGUCAAGAAACCAAAUAUUCAUCAGUUCUUUUACUUAAAAAAGUCUAAAUGAUCUGCUGUUCCAAGGCCAAGAUUUUUUUUAAUGUCUUUUAUUUCAUUUGUAUUUUUAACAGAGUUUAUAAUUGUUGUAUAUGUGUGGUGAAAUAAAUGUUACAAAUGUUUUUGAAUAAACCUUUAAAUUGAGCAAUACAUCAGAUUUUGAAGAGCUUCUCAGUGGUUGGCAAAAAUAAAAUAUCUACAUCAUUGCAAAGAGUAAAACAUCCAGUAAAGAAACUAAAUAUUAAUCUUUUUCCUUCACACGCACACACAAAAAAAAGUGAAUUACUGCUCCAAGGCCAUGAUAUUUUUAAUCUUUCUUAUUUCAUUUUUAUAAAAUUAUGUCAUUUGUAUUUUUAACGAAGUUUAUAACUGUUAUAUAUUUGUGGUGAAAUAAAUGUUACAAAAACAUA